AUGGCUUGUAUCACAAUAUUCUCCAUUAAUGGCUUGACGAAGCCUACCUUAUUACAGGACCCUUACGACGACACACUCGAUUUGAACCCGUGUGAUGACUGGUCUACAUCAAAUGACCCGAAAGAACGACGGAGGCGACAAAAUCGGCUGAACCAGAGAGCAUAUCGAAAGCGAAAGCAAUUACGAGAGCAUGGCAAGUAUGGUAGCCAGAACCAUUACUGGCCUGACGCCAUAGAAGAGCAGCCCGUAAUCGCAUCCCGCCCACCAAACCCCCCCUCUCAAAGCUCGAUAAAGCAACCCGCCUGGCGUCUUCGCAAGGACGAAGCGCUCAUAUUUCUUGAGAAUUUCAGCAAAUCCGCCUACCAAAGCUACAUCUUGAAUACCCCGAGCACAGACCACCUCAUAACGCUCCGUAAAGUGAACGUGUUCCGCGCGUUUGUUCAUAAUUUAUCGGUCCUAGGGAUAGCCGCAGAAAGAGGAUGCAUGCCAUAUGAUUCUAUAUCGCAAUUCAAUACAGAUGGGGCGAGUAAAAUCGACCACACGAAGCUGCCAGUUGGUCUACAACCGACUCAGGUACAGCGCAAGAUCCUACACCACCCAUGGCUGGACUUUUUCCCAUUCCCCGGCAUGCGAGACAAUCUCAUAAGCGCGGGUGAUUUCGAUGAAGACCAGCUAUGCGCUGAUAUCAUGGGAUUUUGGGACUUAUCGGAUGAGAGCUGUGGUCUCUUCGUAUGGGGGGAGCCCUCGGAUCCUAAAAGCUGGGAAGUUAGCGAGGCUUUUGUCAAGAAAUGGCCAUGGGCGUUCAGAAAUAACUUUUCCCGAUCCGGGCGUCCCAGUUGGGACACGAUCUUUGCCCUCGGGCAGUUCGGCACGCAAAAUAUCACAAACUUGGUCCUAGAUUCGGUCAGCAAGCAUGCUCCUCAAGUCAAGCGUGUUGUCAUCACUUCCUCAUUUGCCGCCAUGAUGGACAUCACGAAAGGCAACUGGCCGGAUCAUGUUUACAGCGAAGCCGACUGGAACCCAAUACCUUACGAGGUCGCCGCUGCAAGCGAUGCUUAUGGAGCAGUUUCUUACUCAACUGCCAAGGCGUUGGCUGAGCGCGCAGCAUGGGAUUUUGUCCAGGAGGUGAAGCCGCAGUUCGAUAUCGCCACUAUCAUGCCGCCGAUGAUCUAUGGGCCGAACCUAAACGCCACCGUCGAUCUGGCCAAUUUGAAUACUUCCUCUGCAGACAUCUACCGCCUGAUAUCCCCGCAAUCGAAGUCCAGCGACCUUGUCCCUGAUAUGUUCUGGAAUUACGUGGAUGUUCGUGAUGUUGCUGAAGCCCAUCUCCGUGCCUAUGAAGUCCCUAAGGCUGGUGGAGAGCGAUUCUUCAUCUGCAACCCGGAAACCUUCACCUACAUUGCACGUCCCAUCAAUCGCAGGGCGCAGAAGGUCGCGCUCGUUGUUCUCAACGAAUAA